UGUUCUUUGGGGCCCUGGCGCGCGCCCUAUAUCAGGGGGGAGCGAACCUUCCGUAGUCACUCCAAUUCUGUGCUCGAUCAAAUAUCAUAGGUCACUGUCGAUCUCCAGGUUAUUAUACGUCCUCUGCCUUACUGAUUGUUCUUUUCCUGGUUAUUUUACGGGGACAGCCUGAGGAUAUUUUGGACAUGAAAUAAAGGGGUCAGGGUAUCUCUGCCCUCGUUCCUGGAUACGGUGUAUUUAAACCUUGUGCCGAUUGUCAAAGGGGGCAUCUCCUUUCUUUCCGACCCCCAUCUUUUGCUGUUGAAAAAUAUGCAUCGUUUAUCACUCUUUUUUGUGGCUGUAGCGGGCCUCCAAGGAACGCUUGGACAAACCUCUCUUUAUGUUCCCGGCUUUGACUCCCAGGCUUUGAGCGUUAAAGUCGCUGGUGUGAGUGACGGCCAUACUACGUAUAUCAUUCAGCCCGCAGCCGAUGCUACGGAUUCUGGAUUCGUGGGCACAGGUACUCCCACACUCGUCGAAGGCUCAGAUUAUGCUUCUUUGACCUACGCCGACCCAGACUCAUCUGCAGCCUUGACCCUCGGCUACGAGUGUUCGAUCGCUGCCGGUGUCGCCGUUUGUUCAGGUGUCGCUGACGGUGUUACGAUCUUGGAAACGGAGACUGUGUCUGCCUUUGCGGUUGAAGGUGGAGCCACAUCUACAGCGGCCGGUAGCGUAACCACCAAGUCCUCGUCGACAGCCAAGACCGGGUCUGGCAGUUCCAGUGCUACUGCUACGUCGACCAGCACCGCCGCCUCUUCAACUAAGUCGAACUCGAGCAGCUUUGUUUUGGCUUCAUUGGAGACUGUUAUGGGAGCAACCGGAGUGCUUUUGGGUCUUAUGUCGGUGUUGUGAUUGAACGAGGUUCUGAACCAUCACAAAUUCUCGUCCCUCCUUAGUCACGUCGUUCGUUAAUAUAUUGUUUCUUUUCGUAUAUUAUGCGCUCUUUGGAAAUCGUUU